UUACAGCACUACGUGCAAGAAAAUAAAAAUAUUUGUUUGUGCCGGAAACCUAACUAGAAAACGUUGUUAAAAUGCCCGAAAGCGACGUUACUAAAAUGAAAGUAGCCGAUCUUAAACGAGAGCUAAAGUUGCGUGGGCUCCCCAUAAAUGGGAAUAAAAAUGAGCUACAAGACAGACUACAGACUGCGUUACUCGAAGGCGACAUUUCGCUGGAGGAUAGUGCAAUUGCAGACGCCAUUGAUGAUGAUGUGUUGCUGGAUGACGAGGACGAGCAUAAGCUGUUGGGCGAUGAUCACGAGGAUUUGCUGCUGAAGAGUCCGGUGAACACACCAAUCACAGAAAUGUCGGCCGCACCAGAUCUAUCCAAGCCAACGACAUCUGAAAUUGAUACUGAAGCAAACGCUGCUGCGUUGCCAUCUAAGAAAAUUGUGCUCAAACGAAACAACUCACAACUGCAGAUGUCAGCAGUGUGCACAACAGCAGCAACGACGCCAUCUAAGGAAAAUGCAGCGCCGGAUGGAGCCGUAAGUGAAGGGGAAAAAACUCCAAAGUCGACGCAUAAGCCAAUAGUAGUGGGUGGCAGUGGCAUAAAAACGGGCGUUAAUUCAGCCGACAAGAAGUUGGGUGAGCUGAGCAUUCAAGAGCGCCUAGAGCUGCGUGCCAAAAAGUUUGGCAUAACCGUGGAGGCUAAAGCCGAUUCAGCCAAGCCUGCUGCUACCGCAGACAAAACUACACCAGUUGUGGUUAACAAAUCAUCCAGCGCUUCGAUAAAAGCCAAUAAAGGUGACAAGGAGACCGAGGAGCAACAAAAAGAAGCACUCAAACGACGUGCCGAGCGCUUCGGUUGCAUUGUGCCCGAGAAGAGCGCCAAAACAUCAGCUGAUGAGCGUCUGCAAAAGCGUAAGGAACGUUUUGGUGGUGCAACGGCGGUCAGCGAUUCCAAGGGUCAAGGCGACUGGGCCGAAAAGGCACGUGCUCGGCUCGAGCGUUUCAAACCGUCAACAUCGCCGGCCGUGGAAGCAGCUGCAGCUACUACAACCACCGAAUAGACACUUGUAUGUGUGUUUGAGCCACAAAUAGCCAUCAGACAAAUAUGGGUUAAGAUAAAGUUAUUAGCGACAAUGUAUUGCAAUCAUUGUCGUUUGCGUUUUAUUUGAGGCUUAAACUACUGCUAUAAGUAUCCAAACUAGGGUUAACAUGAUAUGAAUUGUAAUAUUUGAUUUCUUAUAAGCCAAUAAACAAACGAGAAACCAGAUUUACG